CUUCUUAUUCAAGAGUUCUUUAGGAGGACUUCAAUGGAGUCACUCAUAGAUUGUCAUUUCACAUUCGACCAAGGAGUGAAAAAUCCACCAACAUCAGCUAUUUUUGGCUCACAAUACAUGCAAGCUAAUCUUUACAAUCAUUGCCAAACAGAGGACUUGGAAUUGGCAAAAAUGCUGAUAAGACCAGGUAAGUUUUUCACAGAAGAUAUGUCAAAGGAAGGGCUGCUGACACAAGAGAAAUAUGGGUCGGUGAGAAGAGUUUACGUGUUGUGCCAUGAUGAUCCAGUCAUGGAAGAAGAAUUCCAAAUGUAUAAUAUUCAGAAGAGCCCUCCUCAUGAAGUCAAAUAUAUUGCCAAAGCUGGCCAUAUGGUCAUGAUAUCCCAACCUCUGAAGCUUUCUCUCUGUCUGCAGGAAAUUGCUGACAAUUAUCAUUGAAUUUACUUUUUUUUUUUAAAAUUACCCUUAUAGUGAGUAUAAAGUUUUAAAUUUUUUUUUUUCAAAAAGUAAGUUCCAAAAUUUAAAUAAAUGUUGAUCAUAUUUAAUUAGCUCAAUGGAAAAAAAAUAUCUGUCCUUCCUCA